AUGGAGUCCAGAGCUUCUGUCUUUAUUCUUGUCCUGCUGCUCGGCUUCUCCCAGGCUUUCAAACUCGACGCUCCCCAGCCAAUGGACAUCUCAUCACAAAUUCUCACCACAAAUAACGGAUCCAGUGAACUGUUGGUGGAGGGAGACAUACUUUUGCCAGAAAACAGGAACUCCAUGGUCUGCCUCAAUAACAACUGCUUCUGGAAGAAGUCCUCAACUGGCUUGGUGGAGGUGCCUUAUACAGUGAGCAAUGAUUUCUCAUUUUCUGACAGGAAUGUAAUUGCAAAUGCCAUGGCCACCUUCCACAGCAAAACCUGCAUUCGUUUUGUUCCCAGGAUGUUUCAAACUGAUUAUCUCAGCAUUGAAAACAAAGACGGGUGUUACUCCUCUGUGGGCAGAACUGGUGGUGCUCAGGUGGUCUCUCUGAACAGGGAUGGUUGUAUGGUCAAUGGUAUCGUCCAACACGAGCUGAACCAUGCUCUAGGGUUCUAUCAUGAGCAGACCAGAAGUGACAGAGAUCUUCAUGUUAUUAUCAACUGGCAAAACGUCGACCCAGCAAUGCAGCACAAUUUUAACAAGGAGAACACCAACAACCUGAACACACUGUAUGACUACUCCUCCGUGAUGCACUAUGGAAGAAAAGCUUUUUCCAUCAAUGGUCUGGACACCAUCACACCCAUUCCUAAUGCAUAUGUGCAGAUUGGACAGAGACAAGAUCUGUCUGUCAUUGACAUCCAGAGGAUCAACAAACUCUACAACUGCUGA